AUGUUGGCCAGACGACUCCUUCGUGCCUCUUGGUCCUUUGGAGAACCGCGCUUCGGUAACCGCUUUCGUAAGAGAAGGAAGGGAGAUAAUAAAAGCGGCAGUAAUAAUUCAUCGUUCGAUUCCCGGGCUUCAGCUGAAUGUCGAGAUCUUAAUAUCGAUCCCUUAUAUCGUGCGCUCACUGCACCUGGUAUUUUCACCGAAGAACACCCGCGUCUUUGUUUCUACUUGGAACACCAAUACCCUAUGAAUGGGAUGAAAGAAAGGGCUGAUUCAGUCACACGCAAGCUGAAAGGCCAUGAUGCUCUUUUGUAUCAUGCAUUGAUUCGAACCGGCGUUCGUGUCACCUUUCACCACGUUCUCUUCCCUACUGACCCCGAGAACUGGAAAAUCAAACAUAAAUAUGAGGAUAGUUUUGACCCUCACCUUCAUGCGAUACUCCCCCGAUGGGUCGCCAGCAUCGAUGCGCCCAAAGAGGUCGAGGGCGGAACGAACGAAAUUAUCAACUUUCUAGGAGGCGGGACCCCUCGGGUGCUAGGAAUCAUCGAGGUCACCAAGAAUCCUGACAAGUUCGUCAAGAUAGAUUAUAUUGCCUACGGCAAUGAACCAUGGGAGGACACGGACUAUGGCACGAUAUGCAUGGUGGCGACUAUGCAUGGAUUUGACGUCGACGAGCCCUGGAAUGCAAUCCAACGUGAUUCUUGA